CUAUGCGUGCUCAAAUGCUCAAUAACGCCUGGCCGGAAAGGCGCUGCGGUGGGCGACGCGACGGCGUUCGGGACAGUGCGCGACACUCGUCCCGAACUCCCGACCGGAGCAGUGAGCAGUGAGCAGCACUCGUCCGUCGGACGCGGUCACCGGGCGGCGCUCUUGAUUUCGCGUCUCUGGCCGGUACACUUCGUGCGCCGUCGUAGUCUCACGACUCGCUCCGCCGAGUCCGCCCGUGAGCCGUUGCUCUUCGUCCGUCGUUCCGCGUUCGCUUCGGCGUCAGUGUUUCUUUUCCGUUGACGACUUCCCUUUUGUGGUUUUUAGGUUUUUAUCGUGUACGGUGUCGCGCCUGCGCGUUCGUCCGCGCAUAUCGAUUGUCAUUUGUCGGCGGUCUGGUUUCGGGCCAGAUAUCACGCCGCCGCUCGUCCUCGUCGUCGUUAACAAUUUAUUAUUAUUAUUAUUAUUAUUAUUACUAUUACUAUUAUUAUUGUGCUCUCCUCUCCGGCACAUUAUGAUAAUUAUUAUUCUUGCCGCCGCCGUUGAUAAUGAUACGUGAAAAACAACUAAUAAAGAUAAUUUAAUAUUAAAAAUUAAAAAUAUUGUGUAUCGUGCGCGUGUACCCGAUCGACUCCUACGGCGGAGUCUUUCGUCGUUCGUUUAAAUAAUCACACCUAAUCAUCGUUGUCACAUGUCUUUUGAGUGUGCGUGAACAUCUGCACUGGCACAUGGAACCUGACUUAAUAAACAUAACGAUAAAAAAGGACUUUUCAAAACAAAAAGUAAAUGGUCUAUACAAGAACGUGUACAAUGGAUUCAGAAAAAGAGAAGAAAAAUCAAAAUAAAAAUCCAAGUAGAAAUAGAGCAAACAACUCUGGAAAUGAAAAAUCAAAAAUGAAACCUGACAGUAAGUCGUCCUCUAAUUGUUCAAAUCCGGAGAGUGAAGAAGAUGAUCAAAAUAUACCUACAGCAGUAUCAACUCCAUUAGAAUUGGCUGGGUCAUCAAUCAAAGUGACUUUAAAAAAAACAAGGUCAUGUAGCAGUAGUUCUUCCAGGGAAUCCACCCAAUCAUUUGAAGUUGUAAGAAGACUUCCACCUACAGCUGAAAGUGUUUCUGGUGAAGAAGAUUGUGAAAAUCCAAAGGACUCUGAACCAGAAAAAACUUCUGAAAAAUCACCCUCUGUUGAUGAAGGUGAAAAUGAAAAAGAAUCUGAAGGAGAGUCUCAAAAUGCUAAUAGUUUUGAUGACAGUGAUGUAGAAAUAUUAUCAGAUGAUUCUCAAGAAUCAUUUACUGAAAGACCUAGUCCAGCUGUUUCAGUUAAAUCUGAAGAGAAAAAUGUAUCUAUUAAUACAGUAGUAGAUUUAAAAACUGAAGAUUUACCUCAAAAUUCUACAGUGGUUAAGAAAGAGGAAUCUAAGGUACGAUUUAAAACAUUGAAAGAAGAACUAUUAAAAGAAUCAGACUUGGAAAGUGAAAUAGUUGUCUUAAAAGAUGAUGAUGAAAAUGACAAUACUCAAGUAUCCCAACCACAAAAUGGUGUUGAAAAGAAAGAAACUAAAGAGCAGGUCAAAGAGCAAGUCAAAGAGCAAGUUAAAGAGCAAAAGGUUAAAAUCAAUGUCCGUUCUUUUGAUGAUUUAGUUGAUCCCCGUACUGCGAUUCUAAUUAAUAUGCCACCACCCGUACAAAUAGAAAGGGCACCAAAUUUUUUAGCUCAAAAUGGUGGGUCUUUUCCACCACCAUUUUUUUCAUGUGAUGUUUGUGGUGUACAAUUUGAUUCUCCUGAAUUAUUAAAUGAUCAUAAAGUAACUACAAAACAUUUCAAAUGUUCUUUUAAAGAAUGUGAACACUUAGUAGUAUCAAGUCAACAAGAAUUCCUAGAUCAUCAACGUUUAGCUCACAAUAUUAUGCCAUCACCAGUUCAGCAAUUAGCACACCAGGUCCAACGUUUACCUACAAUGGGUUUUGAUCAACAAUUGCAAUCUGGUGUACCACCAUUACCUGAGAACCUAUCUCCUAGUAUAUAUACACAAUCAUUAAGGAUGCCAAAUCAGCCAGUUCCUAUGCAACGUACCAUGCGUCCAAUGAUGAGGCCUACCAUGCCACAUAUGAUUUCUUCAAGAGGGCGUAGUGUACAAAGAGGAUCAACUAUGAGAGGAAGAACAGCUUCUUUAAAUUCAACUCCAAGAGGCAGUUCUUUAAAAAGACCAAUAACUACUCCUAGGAGGGGAACUCCGCCUAUGAAACGUACAAACUUAGAUAGAAAUUCCUAUGCAACUACCUUGAACAAGACUCCUCAGAUUGUUAAAUCCAUAGCAGAAUCUCUAACCAAAUCUGCAACCAAAAAUUCAGUUUCUCCUGCUUCACAACAAGAUGUUGUCAAUUUAUUUUCCAAACGAGGGCUUACUAUUAGCACGGUGGAUAAUGGAAACAAUUCAACUAUUCCUGCUGGACUAAGCUUAAACUCUGCUGUUUCUAUUAUACCUACAUCACCUCUUAAGGUAUCUAGCAAUGUACCUAAUAAGGUAUCUAAUAGUGUUUCUAAUACAGUAUCUAAACCUGUACCCCGUAAUAUACCAAGUCAGAGUGUGGAUACCGUUGAUUUAACUGGUCCUGAUAAACCAAAAAAGUAUUAUCCUUGUGAAAUAUGUUCAAAAACAUAUACAAGUUCUGAAAAAAUGUAUGAACAUUUAUCUAUUGCACAUAAAUCAGUUUCAUUUCCAUAUAAGUGUCACUUGUGUCAGUUUGCUACUCAAAGUCUUGAUGCAUUCAAUCGGCAUAAAUCUACUCACAAAUCUGAAAUCAAUAACAUGUCAAUGGUGAUCCCUAUUGUAGACUUAAGUAAAUCUAGUACUCUUUUCAGAAUGAGGCAAAUGGGUAUCACCAAUUACAUACCAAUUGCCCAACUGGAUAAUAAAGGUGGCCAAUUUGGUGUACCAAUCAUGACUGCUAAUAAUAAGAAUGCCCAAGAAGGAUUGAAUUUUACUAGCUAUUUCAAUUUUGGAAGUUUACGGAAUAUGCCAUGAAUAUUAGACAAGACUGUUUUGAAAUAACAUCCGUUUUGGUUGUAACUUCUGCAUUUUACUCAAUAACUGCAGAUUACACAUUUUAUUAUAAAUUCAUUAUGUAUCAAUAUAAUCUACUUGAAUUUGAUACAAUUUUAAAAUUAAUUUUUAUUAAGUUUUUUUUUUUAAAACAAAAUAGUUUCUGAG